AUGGCGGACCAGACCCUCGACGAGAAGGUCGCUGAGCCCACCGUGGCCGUCACCACUGGCGCCACCGUGGGUGACGCUGAGGAGGCUUUGGCGCACGUCAAGAACCUCAAGAAGCAGCACAUGUGGGACCCCAACCUGCCAACCGACAUCUACGACGAGAUCGACGAGGCCCUGCAGGGGGACGUGAACACCACCAACGUCGCGGCCGAGUUGAUGGAGAACUCGCCCUACCCAGAGGUCCGCGCUGCCAUCCCCAACUACGACGAGGGUGGCCACAGCAACACCAUCCGCGCCUGGGUCAUUGGCUUGGUCUUGUCCACCAUUGGCUCUGGCCUGAACAUGCUCUUCUCCAUGCGUGACCCUUACAUCGUCAUCCCCAGUUACGUCGCCCAGGUCGUCGCCUACCCGAUUGGCAAGGCCUGGGAGAAGGUCAUGCCCGACCGCGAGUACAGUAUCUUUGGCCUCAAGUUCAACUUGAACCCGGGCCCCUUCAGCAAGAAGGAGCAUGCCAUUACCGUCAUCAUGGCCAACGCCACCUUUGGUGGUGGUGCCGCCUAUUCCACCGAUGUGCUCCUCGCCCAGCGCGCUUUCUACGGCCAGAACUUUGGCUGGGGCUUUGAACUCCUCAUGACCAUCUCCACGCAGAUGUUGGGAUUCGGCAUUGCUGGUUUCUUCACCACGUUCCUCGUCACCCCCGCUGCCAUGAUUUGGCCCGCAAACUUGAUCAACGGCAGUUUGUUCAACGCUUUGCACGACCACCGCCGUCCCGACCCCGCCAAGACUAACGGCUGGUCCAUCGGCAAGUACCGCUUGUUCCUUUACACGAUGAUCGGGUCCUUCGUCUGGUACUGGUUCCCAGGCUAUAUUGCUCCUUUCCUCAGUGUCUUUGCCUGGAUUACCUGGAUCAAGCCCAACAGCCCCGUCGUCAACCAGUUGUUCGGUGGAUGGAGUGGUCUCUCCCUGCUCCCCAUGACCUUUGACUGGACCCAGAUCUCGGGCUUCAACUUCUCCCCUCUAAUCACCCCAUGGUUCGGUAUUGCCAACACCCUCAUUGGAUUGUUUGCCUGGUUCUGGGUCGUUACCCCUGCCAUCCACUACAGCAAGCUUUACUACAACGAGUACUUGCCUAUCAGUGACUCCGCCAGCUACGACAACACUGGUAAUACCUACAACGUCACCCGUAUCCUGAAUCCUGAUUACACCUUCAACCUUCAGGCCUACAAGGAAUACUCACCUCUGUUCCUGUCCACCACAUUCAUGCUGUGCUAUGGCCUGUCCUUUGCAUCGAUUGUUGCUGUCGUGACCCACACCAUCUUGUUCCAUGGCAAGGAACUGUGGGUUCGUUUCAAGAACAUGGGCAAAGAGGAGGAGGACGUUCACGGCCGCCUCAUGGCUCGCUUCAAGCCUGUUCCCAUGUGGUGGUAUGGCGCCAUUACUCUGGUUAUGAUUGGUGUUUCUCUCGGUGUCAUUCUCGGCUGGGAAACCCAUCUGUCUUGGUGGGCAUUCUUCGUAUCUCUCAUCAUCUGUGUUGUCUGGUUCGUUCCUUGCGGUAUCGUCCAGGCCACUACCAACAUUCAAAUCGGUCUGAAUGUCAUCACUGAGUUCCUUGUCGGUUACAUACAACCAGGACGUCCCAUGGCCAUGAUGUUGUUCAAGACCUAUGGAUAUAUUUCCAUGUUCCAGGGCUUGUUCUUCUUGCAAGAUCAGAAGCUUGGUCAUUACAUGAAGGUUCCGCCACGAGUCACCUUUGCUGCUCAGAUGGUCUCUUGUCUCUGGUCGUCCAUUGUGCAAAUCGCUGUCAUGGAGUGGGCCUUGGGUGCCAUCUCUAACGUUUGCGCUGCCGACCAGGUCAACAACUUCAGCUGCCCCAACGGUCGUGUCUUCUUCAACGCGUCCAUUAUCUGGGGUGUCAUUGGUCCACAGCGUAUCUUCUCGCCCGGGCAGAUGUACUCGCCUAUCAUGUGGUUCUGGCUUGCCGGUUUCAUUCUCCCUGUCUUGAUCUACUUCGGCGCUCGCGCUUUCCCCAAAUCCCCCAUCCGCUACCUCAACGCUCCUAUCAUUUUCGGUGGCACUGCCCUUAUCCCGCCUGCCACUCCCCUCAACUAUCUCUCCUGGGGUAUCGUUGGUUUCAUCUUUAACAAGUGGAUCAAAGACCGCUGGCGAGGAUGGUGGAUGACAUACAACUACGUGUUCAGUGCAGGCUUAGAUGUCGGCCUGGAUCUGUGCACCAUCCUCCUCUUCGUUGCUCUGCAAUUGUGGAACCACAAUAUGCCGAGCUGGUGGGGAGUGUCGGUUGCUGAUAACACUAUGGAUGCGCAGGAUACCGCUGUCCAAGUUACCGGCGUCAAGUUUGGACCUUCGAGUUGGUAA